AUGGCUAGGGUUCUUCCUCCUGCUACUACUCCAAAUCAAGUCUUCAAGAGUUCUAGGUGCUAUCUAGCUAUUUUUCCCCUUCGAUUUGGCCUCCUAGUGCCCUCUAUUUUGGGAUCCUCUCUGCUGCUCGACAGGGGUCGUGACCCAUGGCUCACGGUUGCCCGAGGUCUUCGGCUAUUUGGUCUGGUUCUUGGCUUCCUCCAGGCUCUUCUUAUUUGCUCCCCUUUAGACCUACUCCCCAAGUCCAAGCCUGGUCAAGGCACUUCACUGUGUCGUCCGGCUGCUGCUACUGGAUUGGCUGGCACCCUUCUAGAAGGGGAUAAAGACACACAAGGUGGUUUCAUGAGGUACUUUGGCAAUCAGCCACAUAAUUUUCAUUUGGUUGGUGCACAUUGUAUUCCUGAAACCAAUGGUGGAAGUUUGCCAUCAGAGGUGGAACUCUUAUCAGAGCAGCACCCUGUUCUAGUCAAUGGCGAGAACGAAAAUGUUAGGACUGAGAAGUGGAUUAUGUGGACACCAAACGAAGACGAAAGAUUGAUGAGUGCUUGGAUUGAAAAUUCAACGGACUCAGCCACCGGAGCCAAUAGGAAGAGCGAAGCAUAUGGGGCACGCAGGCCUGUAGAUCCAGCGGGUGCAGAACUGCAGAUCCAACUGUGCAAGGGAGGAAGACUGCACGAAGAAUAUGAGCUCCUCCUCAGUUUGUCAGCAGCAGCCAGCAAGACAAGAAAGGGCUCUGCAGCAGCCAGGGUGUUUACAAGUGGCUACUCUGAUCAGAUGUGGAUGGAUGCAGCCGACGAGUUCUAUUUGGAUCACAAGCUAGGACCCUUCAUGAUUAAGAAUGUUUGGAAAAUAUGUCGUGAUGUGGCGAAGUGGAAAACAUACAACGAAGAGCUGAAGAACGCUCGUAAAAGGAAGUCAUAUCACCUCGAAGAAGACGCAAGUCAAAGGCAAUGGGAUGAUGGAAAAUCAAAGGAAUCCGCAAUUCAUGUGGAAAAGCUUGAUAAAUUGAGCAAGUCCCAAGAAGAAGCUAUUACAAACCGCAUGAAGGUGCUAGAGCUGGAGCAGAAGCUGUCUUCCGAUAAGAUUGAGACCACAAGGCUUGCCCAUUUAGCAGCACAGGAGAACAGAGAGUCAAAGAAACUUGAGAUGGAGGGGAGGAGGCUUGAGAUGGAAUCAAAGAAGCUUGAGAUGGAGGGGAAGAAGCUUGAGAAAGAAUCAAAGAUGAUGGAUGCAUAUAACAACCUCAUCUCACAAGAUACUAGUUCAAUGACAGACGACGAAAAGUCUGAGCGAGUUGCUGCCAUGAAGUGUUUGAGAAAGAUGCUUUUUCCUGAAGUUAUAUAA